ACUAGAAAAUUUUCAACUUAGGAUCGGGUUGUAAAAAUUGCACACUACUAGAGAGGGUAUUUUAUAUAUUAUACAAACUCUUCAACGUAGCGUAAACAUUUUAAUGUAACAUACACUAUAUUGUUGACGUUUUCUAUAGACGUUAUUUUGUUAUUUAUUGACAUUUUUAACUAUCCAGAUCAUAAUUUAUAGUUUUUAUUAUGUAAGCAUAGAGUUUGCAUUUGAUUAUGACUCAAUCGGAAAUACAACGUCUUUAUUGUAUUUUCGCUUCAAUCCGGUAUGCAUUUACUGAAAACUAGAUAUCGGAGGAAGUUGAGGACAUAAACGACACCGUUGGCGCCAAUUAUCCUCUCUCACAGUGAGUGGUGGGGAAAAAAGAAACUAUUACUACUAUUUCUUCCCAAAAAAAGGAGUAGCUUCAGGUAAUAUGUUGAAUAAUUUGGGGGGAAAUGGGUGGCGGUGUGGUGAUGUUUGGCAGCGGAGGAUUGUACAUUUCACGGCGUUGCUGCAAAAUAGUGAGUGGACUAGAGAGGCGGCAAGUGCUCGAGCAAGUAGACAAGGAAUUGAGCAAAGGCGAUGAGAGGGCUGCUCUCAAUCUCGUCAGGGCCAACCCCGCCGCUCUUCGCUGCUUCGGCGCCGCCCGUCAGAUUCCACAGAGGCUGUAUACCCUAGAUGAGCUGAGAUUGAACGGGAUAGAAACUGCAUCUCUUUUAUCCCCAGUCGACACCACGCUGACCUCAAUUGAGAGGAGCAUUCAAGCUGCUGCCCUUUUGGGGGGAACUGCAGUGUGGAAAUUAUUUGACCUGACCCCUCAACACAUCUUUUUCAUCUCUCUUGGAUUGCUCUUCCUCUGGACUCUGGACGCGGUUUCUUUCAACCGCGGGUUCAGUUUCUUGAUUCUGGAUUCGCUCGGCCAUUCUUUCAGCCAAAAGUAUCAUAAUAGGGUUGUUCAACAUGAGGCGGGCCAUUUCUUGAUUGCGUAUUUGCUUGGGAUCCUGCCAAAGGGCUACACUCUCACCAGCUUGGAAGCUCUCAAGAAGGAAGGAUCCCUUAAUGUUCAAGCAGGCACUGCUUUUGUAGACUUGGAGUUUCUUGAGGAAGUGAACACCGGAAAAGUAUCCGCCAGUACGCUCAACACAUUCUCAUGUAUAGCGCUAGCUGGUGUGGCAACAGAGUAUCUGCAGUUCGGUGCAGCAGAAGGCGGUCUCUCAGAUAUCAAUACGUUGGACAGACUACUUGGGAGCCUCGGAUUCACUCAGAAGAAGGCCGAUGCCCAAGUGAGAUGGGCUGUUCUGAACACUAUCUUGCUUCUCCGUCGCCAUGAAAGAACUCGAGCAGUGCUAGCAGAAGCCAUGGCUGAGGGAAAAUCUGUUGGCUCGUGUGUCGACAUGAUUGAAAAAACCAUAGAUAUUGCAGAGCUCUGACUAUUACUGCUAUUUAUUUGAACAAUAUGACUAAUGCAACAUAUUUGUAGUUUUA